AAGGACUGACGUGGUCUUUUUCCGUGCCUUUCUUUAUCUCCCUUACUUCCAGUUAUAUUAUUUGCGUAUUUGCUUGCCAUUUGUGGCUUUUUGGUUUCUUUUGGCUUCGGCCCUGGUUAUGAAAUACUCCCAGUUCUCAAAAAAAAAAAAAAAAAAAAAAAAAAAAACGAAAAAGAAAAGAGGUCUCGUACCAAUCGAAUGGUAGCGACUUGCAGAAACAGAUUCUGUAAUUCAUCAGGACUGGUGGUUCUUACCAAAUGCGCCCUUUUUGUCGGUUUCUAGGAAGUGGGAACCGAGCAUGGCUGCCUUCAAUGCUGCCAAAGCUCAGUGAAAACUUUCUAUCUGAGAUAUCAAACUCCAAUUUUCAGCAGUCUCCACUUGAAAAAUAGCAAAUUCUUGAUGAAAUUCAGCGCCGGAUUAUAUGCUAAAGUUUGAAUAGUUUGACGCUUUCUGUGGGAAACGAGCUUGUAGAUUACGUACGUUCUUAGCUUGAGCAACAUAUGUAUAUUUAAAAUUCUAUUUGUUUAUAAAAUUUUUAUAGUUAAGUGAUGUUAAUGGCUGGUGGAUUUUCUGUUGUCAAUGGAGGUCUUCAAUCUGAAGGAUGUUGGAGCAAACCCUAGCAACAAGCAAGCUGCUGGUACUGUGGAUAUUGGACCAGUAAGCAGUUCUUCAACAAACACUUCCGCUCCUGCUGCUAAAAGGAAUUCCAUCACCAAGUGGAUGGCAUUCGAAACUGCUCAAGCUUCAGCCGAUCCAAAAAGCACUUCUGCCACUGAUUCAAAUGGUGGUCAUGCUUCCAGUUAUGUAUGCUACACUUCAGCAGACUUUUGUUGUUUCUGAUGCCACUGAACCUGAUUGUCCAAUUAUGUAUGCUAGUAGUGGCUUCUUUGGGAUGACUGGGUAUUCUUCAAAGGAGGUCAUUGGCAGGAACUGCCGAUUUCUUCAGGGACCGGAAACGGACUGGGACGAAGUGUCGAAGAUCCGACACGCGGUGAAGACCGGGAAAAGUUACUGCGGUAGGCUCUUCAACUACAAGAAAAGUGGAACUCCCUUCCGGAAUCUUCUCACCAUUACCCCAAUCAAAGAUGAGCCAGGAAACACCAUCAAAUUUAUUGGAAUGCAGGUUGAGGUCAACAAGUACAUAGAAGGGGUGAAUGACAAGGCACUGAGGCCGAAUGGAUUGCCCAAGUCACUAAUCCACUCGGAUGGUAAGCUAAAUUGACAAAUUUUCGGGGUUUUGUAUGGUUGUUACUUCAUUUUUUUUAUGGAAUUGUGUUGUGUAAGGAUUACAUAAGUAACAUGCAUUUAUAUAGACAUGCAUGUGAUAAAGAAGAAAUAAGGUUGUAGGAUUACGUGAAUCAUAUUUCUAUGAAACAAGGAUGCACUGCAUGCAGAUAUGCAACAUAUAAGGUCUACGUAAAACUUACCUGAGGAAGCAGAAGACAUUGCAGAGUUCUAGGUUGUCUUUUACUUCCAGUACUUCAAUAAUAUCUCUCAGCUAUAUGAAAAAGGUUCAACGUAUUUUAGAGAUUCAGCAUAUGGAAGUAGGGACAUAACCAUAGUAUUUAUAUCAUUAGGGUUUAUUCACAGCCGGCCUAUUAUUGGUUGUGAUAAACAAACCCUAUCACUUAAGUGAUUGAGCCCCACCAUGAUUCUAUAUCUUUGUAGCGAAACCUGUCAGAUUUCUUUGAGGUCAAUUGCAAAGGUUAAGACUUCAUAAUCCUUAUUUCAAUAGGACUAUUAGAUUACAUAUGCCGUUAACAACUUGAUAAUCAAGUGCCUUAUAACACAAGUAAUCCAAUAUAUCAUUCAUUGUCAUUCAUAACUUUACAUUCUCCCACUUGAAUGUCAAUGAAUUAUCCUAACAAAUAAGAACUCAUGGUGAUCACUGAGUCUUCAUAAGUAUGCAACAACCUUUCCUAGCAACCUGUCACCUUGAAUCGAAUGUAGAACCAAAGAAAACAAAGAACAACUUUGUAUGUUCCUUUCACUCCAAGAUUACAUACACAUUCAACUUAAAGCACCUUGUUGCUAACAAAGUCACGGUGUCAAGAACUAAUAAUCAAAACAUUAGUUCACAAAAUAAACUGAAAUUAACUUGGGUACGAAAUCUGUUAAGAUUAAUAUAUCAGUUAUGAAAUUUCCAUACUGAUAAACUCAUGCAUGGUUCAAAUAACAAAGGAAAUUGAUAGAGAAUAAUAACCAACAAUUGAAUGUAUCUGUGAACACGAAAAAUUCCU